AUGGGUGCUGUUGAAGACGACCCAUACGCAGUAGCUGCAAAGGGUAAACUCAAGCUUAAAUCCGAUACAACAAUCAAGAAAAAGAAAAAAAAGAAAGAUAAAAAAUUAGUGGAACAAGUUACAAAAACCAUUGAAUCCGAAGAAAGGGUUGAAGAAUCCAAAUCAAAACAAAACAAGACCAAAGCUGAACUGGCGUUUUUACAGCAACAGGAAAAAAUGAAAGCUAAAAGGAUAUUGGAAAAAGCAUCUCAGACUCACAAAGAAAGAGUGGAAAAGUUUAAUCAACAUUUGGAUAGUCUUACGGAGCACUUUGAUAUACCUAAAGUAUCCUGGACGAAAUAA